CUUCAGAGCGCGUCCUGCCCCUUGCUGACCUUUGGGGACUUGGGGAAGUGCGGGAUUGGUCCCCGGGAGCCGGGCUCUGCGUGCCUUGGCCUGGAUGGAAGAGCUCGGCAGCGCGCCAAGAAGCUGUUGCGCACAGACAGGACCUUCCUUGUCUCUGAUAGUGACACGGCGGGAGCCCAGCGCCUCGUGCGCCCCUGGCGCUGCCAGUGCUCCCAGAGCCAGCUCGGCGGCACCCGCUGGGAAGCCCAGGGCUCUAUGGGGCCUCCAUGAAGGCCCCCUUGCGGGAUGGCUCGAGGGGUCUCGGGAGCCACCAUGAUACAGGAUGCUUCUCUGGGUCCUCUGGGCCCUUCGCUCAGUGCUCUGCUCCUGGGCAGGCUCGCGGCCAGUAUGGCCCCCACGCUGGAAGAGGCGUACCGGAGGCGCUGGUGGAUGGCGUGCACGGCGGUGCUGGAGAACCUCUUCUUCUCCGCGGUGCUCCUGGGCUGGAGCUCGCUGCUGAUGAUGCUCAAGAACGAGGGCUUCUAUUCCAGCAUGUGCUCAGCUGAGAACACCACCAACAGCAGCCAGGACGAGCAGCACGGGCGGCUGAGCUGCAACCAGCAGGAGGAGAUGCUCAACCUGGGCUUCACCAUCGGCUCCUUCGUGCUCAGUGCCACGACCCUGCCGCUGGGGAUCCUCAUGGACCGCUUCGGGCCCCGGCCCAUGCGGCUGAUUGGCAGCGCCUGCUUCGCCGCGUCCUGCACCCUCAUGGCCCUGGCCUCUUGGGACACCAAAGUUCUGUCUCCGCUGAUAUUCCUGGCGCUGUCCCUGAAUGGUUUUGGUGGCAUCUGCUUAACUUUCUCUUCACUCACCCUACCUAACAUGUUUGGGAACCUGCGCUCCACUUUCAUGGCCCUCAUGAUCGGCUCCUAUGCCUCUUCUGCCAUCACAUACCCGGGAAUCAAGCUGAUCUAUGAUGCCGGCGUGUCCUUCAUGAUCAUCAUGUUCACCUGGUCGAGCCUGGCCUGCCUCAUCUUCCUGAACUGUGCCUUCAACUGGCCGAGUGAAGCCUUUCCCUCCCCGGAGGAAGUCAACUACAAGGAGAAGAUCAAGCUCAGAGGGCUGGCCCUGGAUCACAAGGUGACAGGUGACCACUUCUACACUUAUGUGACCACCGUGGGCCAGCGGCUGAGCCAGAAGGCCCCCAGCCUGGAGGAGGGGGCAGACAUCUUCAUCUCGUCCCAGGACGUUCGUGACACCUCGGAAAAGUCUGCUGAGAAGUCUGUGCCCUUGCGCAAGAGCCUCUGCUCCCCCAUUUUCCUGUGGAGCAUCCUCACCAUGGGCAUGACCCAGCUGCGGAUCAUCUUCUACAUGGCCGCUAUGAACAAGAUGCUGGAGUACGUCGUGACCUCUGGCCAGGAGCACGAGACAGAUGACCUGAAACAAAGGGUGACAGAGACAGUUGAGUCCUACUCGUCCGUCUUUGGGGCCAUGCAGCUGUCGUGCCUUCUCACCUGCCCUCUCAUUGGCUACAUCAUGGACUGGCGGAUCAAGGACUGCGUGGACACCCCCACUGCUAGGGACGGGGUGGCCACCAAGUCCGUCAGACCACGCUACCGCAAGAUCCAAAAGCUCACCAAUGCCAUCAGCGCCUUCACUCUGACCAACCUUCUGCUCGUGGGUUUUGGCAUCACCUGCCUCAUCGACAGCUUGCACCUCCAGUUUCUGACCUUUGUCCUGCACACCGUGGUCCGAGGCUUCUACCACUCGGCCUGUGGAGGCCUCUACGCAGCAGUGUACCCGUCCAACCACUUUGGGACCCUGACGGGCCUGCAGUCCCUCAUCAGUGCUGUGUUUGCCCUGCUCCAGCAGCCGCUUUUCAUGGCCAUGGUGGGACCCUUGAAAGGAGAGCCCUUCUGGCCAGGAGGCACCUUGGAGGUCUCUAAUCAGGGGGUUCCCAAGCUGGCUGUGCAUCAGACCCGCCCACAGAUUCCCCAGCCUCCUGAAUCGGCAUUUCUUGGCCUGGGCCCAGGAAGCUCCCAGGUGAUUUGUACAGUGGCCCAGUCCUGAUCCAGUCCAGUUCCACCCGAUGCAGGGAUCUUCUCUCCAGUGCCCCUAGAAAGGGGCUCCUCCAGACCCCUCUUAGUCAAACACCCGCAGCGACGGGGUGCCGGUCCUGUACAAGGAGGCAGCUGUUGGUCAUGUUGGCAAGGCUUUUCUUUACGUCGAACUGACCUCACCUCCCGAAAGCUGAUAUCCGCCUCGAGGGCCCACCCACUCCCCAAGACCAUCCUGCCAGAGUGAGGACGAAAUGACAGCUGCCAUGUCCCAAGUGCUCACCAGGUGCCAAGCGCACCGUGUGUUUUGUCCUGAACG